GAAACAUGAGACGAGAUGAGACGACCGCAAGUCGUUCCGGGUCUCUCUGCGGCGACUAGACUACAGUGGGUCUCCUCCCAAUCUGCGACGGCGACGGCGACAGCGCCAAAGCAUUCGCUCAGCAGCGGUGAAGAGUUGCUGUUCGGUGUUGCGGAUGAUGCUCUUCUUCAGCUCCUGCUCUUGAUUGAGCCAAGCCAGUUCACCUUGCGUAACUGUUGCAAAGGACUUAGCACAUUGGAUUUGAAGGAGCUGUCAUUCAAGGUUUUCCUCAUUCUGUCUUCUGAAAAACAUAAUGUUUUCAUUGCAGAAUUUCACGGCAAGGACAAAGCUGUAGCCGUCUGUAGAUCCAGAGCAAAGGCAAAAAAAGGUCGAGAUAUGGAGGUCGCUGCUGGGGCGAUGGGCCCCGUCAUCCGUAAGCUCGGCGAGCUGCUCGUCGGAGAAUACAACCUAGAGAAGCGAGUAAAGAAAGGCGUACAAUCGCUCCUAGACGAGCUGGAGAUGAUGCACGCCGUACUUCGCAAGGUUGGCGAGGUGCCGUCGGAACAGCUCGAGGAGCCGGUCCGGAUUUGGGCUGGCAAGGUGAGAGACCUGUCUUGCGACAUGGAAGACGCUGUUGACGACUUCAUGGUGCGUGUGCAUGAGGGUUCAAGCAGCAAGCCUACGAACAUGAGGAAUCGAGUCAAGAAGUUUCUCAAGAAGACCACCAAACUGUUUGGCAAGGGCAAAGCACUUCAUCAAAUCAGUGAUGCCAUCAAAGAAGCUCAGGAUCUUGCCAAGGAGUUGGCGGACCUGCGUAGAAGGUACGAGCUUGACACUCGUAGCACUAGCAAUGGUGCUACCAUUGACCCUCGUGUGUUAGCUCUGCACAAAGAUGUAGGGGAGCUUGUUGGCGUUGACCGCACAAGGGAUGAGCUUAUCAAAACACUGAUUUGUGAGGAUGGGAGUUCCAAGGAGCAAUUGAAGACGAUCUCUAUUGUUGGUGUUGGUGGGCUGGGCAAGACUACACUCACCAAAGCAAUUUAUGAGAAGAUCAAAGCCCAGUUUGAAUGUGCGGCUUUUGUCCCUGUAGGACAGAACCCUGAUAUCAAGAAAGUUUUCAAGGACUUACUCUAUGACCUGAACAAAGAAAAGUUCAAUGACAUUCAUAAUACAUCAAAGGAUGAAAAUCUCCUCAUCAAGGAAAUCAGAGAAUUCCUUGUGGAUAAGAGGUACCUUAUCGUAAUUGAUGAUAUAUGGGAAGAAGAAAUUUGGAGAUUUAUAAAUUGUGCUUUGUGUAAAAACAAACUCCACAGUCGGGUAAUCACGACAACUCGUAAUGUGAGUGUGUCUGAAGCAUGUCUCUCUUCCAGCGAUGACAUGAUUCACCAAAUGAAACCUCUUUCUGAUGAAGACUCACAGAUACUCUUCCAUAGAAGAAUAUUUCAAAGCGAGGAGAAAUGUCCAGAAGAUUUGCAAGCAGUAUCAAGAGAGAUACUGAAGAAAUGUGGUGGAGUACCAUUAGCCAUCAUUACAAUAGCUAGCCUUCUAGUCAGUAACCAAAGGAUAAAGCAGAAAGAAGAAUGGAUGCAUGUGCACAGUUCGAUGGGCCGUGGAGUUACAGAAGGUGGUAUUGUGAAGGACAUGAAGAGGAUAUUAUCACUCAGCUAUUAUGAUUUGCCAUCCCAUCUAAAGCCUUGUUUAUUAUAUCUAAGCAUCUUUCCUGAAGACUUUGAGAUUAACAGAGAUUUGCUGAUAUGGAGGUGGCUUGCUGAAGGGUUUAUCCAAUGUGACAAAGAUGAAACCAGGCUGUUUGAGAUCGGAAAGAGCUACUUCAACGAGCUUAUGAACAGGAGCUUGAUCCAGCCAGCGGAAACCAAUUAUGAAGGAACAGUAGUAACUUGCCGUAUACAUGAUAUGGUGCUUGACCUUAUAUGCUCGCUGUCAAGUGAGGAGAAUUUUAUCUCCAUAUUGGAUAAUGCGGAGUGGAAUGCACCUAAUCCGCAAAGAAAAUUUCGCAGGUUAUCACUUCAUAAUAUCAAGGCAAAGGUUCAGAACCAUCAGAUUGAAAGCACUAGCCUGUCAAAAGUGAGGACCUUUGCUGUUUUUUCUCCUGUUACCUGUGAUUGGUUGCCAUCUCUCUCAAGCUUUCAAUUUUUGCGUGUGCUGGAUCUUGGAAGUUGUGUUAGCCAUGAAAGUAGCUCUGGCAUCAGCCUCAAGUAUGUAGGGAAUUUAAUUCACCUAAGGUACCUAGGGCUCAAGGAUGCAGAUGUUCGCGAACUCCCAAUGGACAUAGGCAAGCUGCAGCUUUUGCAGACACUGGAUAUAAGAGGCACUAGUAUAAAAGAAUUACCUUCAAGUGUUGUACAGCUCAUAAAUUUGAUAUGCCUAUAUGUCAAUUAUAGGGUGAGGCUGCCAAAAGGAAUGGGAAGCUUGAUGUCCCUUGAAGUGCUGGAAGAAGUAGGCUUAUCCUCAUCUCCUCACAUUGCGGAAGAGCUGAGCCAUCUGACAGAGGUUAGGACACUCAGUAUUGACUGUGCUAACAUGGACGAGGAUCUGAUUGAUAUAUUAAUCAAGUCUCUAGGCAACCUGCACAAAUUGCAAAAUCUGCGUAUUGAUGAUGGUGGCAGAUUGAUAAAUCGCAUGUGUGAAAGCUGGGUGCCCCCUCCAAACCUCCGUAGUUUUGAUUCAUGGAGCCUCUCUUCUUCUUCGUCGUUCUUGAGACUUCCAAAGUGGGUUAAUUCAAGUACGCUUCCCCACCUCUCCCGCCUGGAAAUAGAUGUGGAAGAACUGCAAGGGGAUGACAUUCAGAUCAUUGGGAUGCUGCCUGCUCUUCGGUUUCUGGAGCUGACUGCUGAUCGCGUGAUGGGAAGGUUGGCUGUGAGGGCCGAUGCAUUCCCAUCUGCGAGAAGCUGCAUUUUCAGAGGGUUUCCAAUGGCGUCGUGCCUUUUCCCACCUGGAGCUAUGCCAAGGGUUCAGCACCUUCAGUUCAGAGUCUCUGCACCGUCGAUCGCAAGAGGUGAGGUUGACUGCGGCCUGGGCCACCUCCCUUCUCUCGAGCACAUCAAGGGCUUCAACAAAAUCCUGGACUCAGAACGUGGGCAGGAGGUUGAGAAAAUCGACACCAAGAAUGAGUUCUACAUCUGCCGUCCAUGGAGAUGGGUCGCCGUUGCGGCCGACUCUGGUGGGGAUUCCGCCGGCUUGCUGCAGCCUCGUAUUGCAGUUAGACCUGUGGCCGAACAGACAAGUGCAGAACUGGUGACUACAAGUCUGCUAGAACAUAAGAAAUUUACAGCAUGCAUGCUGUAUGCAAAAACCCACAGCAGCAAACCAUCACAUGGGCAGCUCAUGUUUCGAAUAACACGAACAAUUGCAAUCACCCUUAUGGAGAUGAAACCCAAAAGAUUUUCGUUGGGGCGUAACCCUCUCAGCGACGCGCCACAUCGGAACCCGGGUGUGGUGGAAAAUGAGCAAGGGCCGGGCCGUCACCCCUCAGGUGGUGCGCCGUAUCUUGAUCCGGAUACGGUGGCAAGUGAGCGAGGAUUGGGUCGUCGCAUCCUCAGUGGCGCGCUACAUCGGCGCCCGGAUGUAGUGGAAAAUGAGCAAGGGUCUUCGCAUUUGACUCGACGAGUGCGAAGGGUAAGGAAGCUAGCCGACCCUAGGAGGAUUCGCUUAGGUAGCUGGAACGUAGGGUCUCUGACAGGGAAGCUUCGGGAGCUAGUUGAUGCAGCGGUGAGGAGAGGUGUUGAUAUCCUUUGCGUCCAAGAAACCAAAUGGAGAGGACAGAAGGCGAAGGAGGUAGAGGAAACCGGCUUCAAGCUGUGGUACACGGGGACGGCUGCAAACAUAAAUGGCGUAGGCAUCUUGAUCAACAAGAGCCUCAAGUAUGGAGUGGUAGACGUCAAGAGACGUGGGGACCGGAUUAUCCUGGUCAAGCUGGUAGUUGAGGACUUGGUUCUCAAUGUUAUCAAUGCGUAUGCCCCGCAAGUAGGCCACAAUGAGAACACCAAGAGGGAGUUCUGGGAAGAUAGGAGUGCAGACAACAUAGAGAAGUACAAGAUGGCGAAGAAGGCUACAAAGCGAGCUGUUGGUGAAGCAAGGGGUCGGGCAUAUGAGGACCUCUACCAACGGUUAGGCACGAAGGAAGGCGAAAGGGACAUCUAUAAGAUGGCCAAGAUCCGAGAGAGGAAGACGGGGGAUAUUGGCCAAGUCAAAUGCAUUAAGAACGGAGCAGGCCAACUCUUGGUGAAGGACGAGGAGAUUAAGCAUAGAUGGCGGGAGUACUUCGACAAGCUGUUCAAUGGGGAGAAUGAGAGUUCUACCAUUGAACUGGACGACUCCUUUGAUGAGACCAGCAUGCGUUUUGUGCGGCGAAUCUAGGAGUCUAAGGUCAAGGGGGCUUUAAAAAGGAUGAAAGGAGGCAAGGCGAUGGGCCCUAAUUGUAUCCCCAUUGAGGUGUGGAAAGGUC